AUGGCCAGACUAUUAAUACUUUCCCUCCCAGGUAUUUUAGCCAUAUGUGCCGUGCACGGAAUAUUUAUGGACAGACUGGCUUCCAGGAAGCUCUGUGCAGAUGACGAGUGCGUGUAUACUAUUUCUCUCUCCAGAGCUCAAGAAGAUUACAAUGCCCCGGACUGUAGGUUCAUUAAUGUUAAAAAAGGACAGCAGAUUUACGUUUACUCAAAGCUGGUACAAGAAAACGGAGCUGGAGAAUUUUGGGUUGGCAGUGUCUACGGAGAUGACCGUGAGGACGAGAUGGGCACCCUGGGCUAUUUCCCCAGCAGCUUGGUCGAGGAACAAUAGGUGUACCAAGAAGCCACCAAGGAAGUCCCCACCACGGAUAUUGACUUCUUCUGUGAGUAAGAAAUUAGACAAACCUGCAAGUAAAAAGGAAACACUAAAAACUAGGAAAAGCGAAAUAAGAAAAAAAUACGUGUCCCUAAUUCCUGACUUUUGUUUCAAGGCUUUGUUAUCCUUACAGGAGGGCUGGGCCUUGGUGGCCAGAGGUGGCACAUGAAGGAGGGGUUUCCAUUCAGUUUUCUGCUGGCCUGGUCUUCCCACCACCUGGGGGGGGCAGGGUGACGUUUGGCUCAAGAGGGAGAAUUGAAAGCAGAAAUUCUAUUUCAGCCUAGAGAAUCCUCUCUUACACAAGAAUGUAUACAGAGAAUGGCUCAUUUUUAUUGUUUUUAAAUUGUAAUUCUUACCAGCUCUUUGGCUUCUUAUACAAACUUUGUAGGUCACAGAUCUUCCCUUUGGAUAUGCUGUUUUCUAAUUAUUUGUCUCACUGGCCAUUUGGAGUGUUAUAAUAUACCCAAAGGGGCUAUAUCCCCAAGGAGUAUUCAAGGAUUGUUGUUACUUUUAAUAUUGGUUGCCUUUGGGAUGUGAAGCUGGUGGGAGUGGACGAGCUGUUUGGGCUCAGAGAUAUUUGGACUAUACCUCUUUCUCUUAAAAAAAAAAUCACGAAUUAUUUCAAUGGAAUUUUAUCUUCUAGUGAUCAAUUUAUCGCUCCCCAAAUUUUAAGUAAGUGUGUGUGUAUGUAAUAAGGGUGGAGCAGCUUAUGAAAUAUUUGUUGUUUUUUUUUUUAAAGAUUUU